GCAUGCAAGUGGGCCUGACUAUAAAUUUCGAGAACCAAGAAGGUAGUCUGAAGCUGAUUCUCCUAGAUCAUGGAUGUUACGUAGAAGACUUGCUCAUAAAAUUGAAAGGUGGAGCAUCUUGGCUUUACCAAAGGAUAGUGGAUCUUUUUGAAGGGAAAAUAGCAUCUGCAGUUGAAGAUGCCAUUUCUGGUAAAAUAAGAGAAGGGAUAUUGAAGCUUAGCAGUUCAUUGCAGUCCCUACCAAAAGAAAUCUCCCUGGGCGAAACCGCUGUACUAAAUGUUUCUUUCGUGAACAAUCCUGUGUUGACUAAUUCUUCCAUUGAGUUUGAAAUCAAUGGUCUAUUCACAGGGAAAAAGGAAAUUUUAGUUCCUCAAUGUUUCCACAGAGAACCAGAGACUUCUUUUCGCUGUGGUGGUUUGUAUAAGAUGAUCAAGAUUUCAUUGCAUGAAGAUGUGCUAAAUUCUGCUUCCUUGGUUUACUUCAAUGCUGGUUACAUGCAAUGGAUGGUUGAUAAACUACCAGAUCAGGCCCUUCUGAACACAGCUGCAUGGAGAUUCAUAGUUCCUCAACUAUACAAGAAAUAUCCAAAUAAAGACAUGGAGCUUAAUAUCUCAGUAUCAUCUCCACCAAUUAUACAAGUGACCAGCCAAGAUAUUGGCGCUACCAUUCAUGUAGAUAUAAUAGUUGAUGUUGAGGAUGCUGGGGAAGUUGCUUGUAUUUCAGUGGACAUUAGUGCUUCAUGUUCUGCAGAAAUCCUCCGAAACGACAUUGCUGGAAGUCUCAGAUUGAAUGGUUUUUCCACAUACUUAAAAUGGAGCAAGAUUGGUCCUUUGCGCAUGCAUCUGAUCCAGUUAGCAGUAUCAACCAUACUCAGAACCACCGUCUUGCCAUUAGUGAACUGGCUAUUAAGCGGAGGAAUUCCAUUGCCUUACCUCCAUGGUUUUACACUCCAGAAUGCUCAUACCUUCUACAAUGCUCCAUGGAUUACAGUAUGUAGUGAUGUUUCCUUCUUAAGACACUACUAUCUCAGUUAGCUGCCAGUUUAUGUAUUAUAAAACAUCCCAGUGGGCCAUAUGUAAUUUGUGUUGUAUCAUUGUUCUCAUUGUAGAGAUAGAAAUCAUGUACAUAAAACAUUUUCAAUCCAGAAUCAACUAAAAUUUCAG